AUGACAUCAGUACUUCGAUUAUGGGCAGUGCUUACUCUCUGGAACUUUGUGACUGCCACUCCAAUUCCUGCCGAGAAUAGAUCAGAAGCAUGCGCAUUUAAUCUCCCAUCAUCCUACGCCGCUCUUGGAGACAGUUUUGCCGCAGGUCUCGGGUCUGGAUUUCCAAUUGGCAACAAUGUUCAAUGCCAGCGUCAAAACGGUUCUUACCCAUUUCAGCUCUUGGAAUUGGAUCCAUUCAGUGGCAACCGGUCCACCUUCAACUUUCAGGCCUGCUCCGGCGACGAGCUUGAUGAUAUUGAUUCCCAAGUUGCAAAGCUCGCUCAGAACAAAUAUGACUUUAUUACACUGACGAUCAGUGGAAAUGACUUCGGAUUUGGUGAUAUUGCAGAAGCUUGUGUUUAUCAAACUCUCUCACCCAACAUUACGAACCCGCAACAAGUUUGCGAUACAGCUUUCUCCACAGGUGAAGCUCAGGUGAAGGAUAAAUCCAUCUGGAAGAAAUUCGACCAGAAACUUUCCCUAAUCAAAUCCUCGGCUCUCAACAAAGGCGGUCGGAUCUUCGUUACAGGCUACACGAAAUUCUUCGCUACCCCAAUUGAAGGCGACGCUUGCGACUCUAUCUCGUUCUUUCCCAUCCCUAAACUGGCAGCUCUUAACAUGACAGCAGCCAAUCGUCGUCGCGCGAACGCCAUAACCGUCGCAGUCAACCUCGGAAUUCAUAAGUCUGUCUCCAAAGCUGGCCCGGGUGUCGUGUUUGUCGAUUUUGACAAGUUGUAUGAGGGGCGAAGAUUUUGCGAGGCGAAGAAUGCAGAUGAUCCCAUUGGAGCCAAUAACCCUAACGUCUUUUUCAAUGAUCUCAGAACAGUUUUGCCAUUUCCUGGUGUUGCAGAUGUUGCGAAACAAACUCCUGGCUUAAAGGUCGAUAUCUCGAAUGUUUUGCAACAGAAAUCGGUCUUUCACCCGAAGAUUGGGGCACACCGCAUCUUGGCUGCGGAGUUGAACUUCCGGAUUACGCGUGAUUCAAUCAUUCCGGCCAGCUUGAACCUCUAG